UUAUAGUUUGUGUCUGAAAUACUCGAAUCGUUUCGUUUCGUUUCUUUUUCAAAAUUUCCCACAUUUCUUUCUGAUUAUUUUGUCGUGAAAAAGAAGAAAAGAACGAAAAGGAAAAGAAAGAUAUAGUUUAAUGUAUCCGCCACAAAAUCAGUGUGGAACACGCAAAUAAAGGGGAGUAUAACAUAUCGUCGUAUUUACGCAUAUACGUACUUAUAUACUUAGAUAUCUACGUUUUUCGAACGCAUUACGAUCAAUUAAAGUUAUCGACGAGAAAAUUGUUUAAAUGUGAUUACGCCGUGAAAAUAAUGGCCGGAGUAUUUGAUAUAGAAUUGCACGAAGGAGAUUCUAUAAAUCAGGACGACUCAGAUGAUGAUAUCGUCGAAAACAGAGAAGAUGAAUAUAAUUAUGCCACAAAUGUAAAUACCAUAUUAGAAUCUGAUAAUUUGGAAAGAGUUCAGUUAUCAGAACAAAAUCUGAAUGCAGGUCAGGAGAAAACUGGUCCUCAAGACUUUGAACUAUGCAAAAUUCUUGGGAAAGGUGGAUAUGGAAAAGUUUUUCAAGUGAAAAAAGUUACUGGGAAGGACAAAGGCAGUAUCUUUGCUAUGAAGGUGUUACGAAAAGCAUCCAUCAUAAGAAAUCAAAAGGACACAGCUCAUACAAAAGCAGAAAGGAAUAUUUUAGAAGCAGUAAAACAUCCCUUCAUCGUAAACCUAAUGUACGCAUUCCAAACUGGUGGUAAAUUAUAUUUAAUUUUGGAAUAUCUAUGUGGAGGAGAACUUUUCACAUACUUAGAUAGAGAAGGCAUUUUUCUAGAAGACACAGCUUGCUUUUACCUGUCUGAAAUUAUACUCGCGUUGCAACAUCUCCAUAAUCAGGGCAUCAUAUACAGAGAUUUGAAACCAGAAAAUAUUUUAUUGGAUGGUGAAGGUCAUGUUAAAUUAACAGAUUUUGGUCUGUGCAAGGAACAUAUAGAAGAAGGUACAGUAACGCAUACAUUUUGUGGAACCAUAGAAUACAUGGCACCAGAAAUUCUAACAAGGAGUGGACAUGGAAAAGCAGUUGAUUGGUGGAGUUUAGGUGCCCUGAUGUUUGAUAUGCUUACUGGAAUGCCACCGUUUACAGGAGAUGACAGACGAAAAACGAUCGAGAAGAUUUUACGUGGAAAAUUAAGUCUUCCGCUUUACUUAACACCAGAUGCAAAAGAUUUAAUACGAAAAUUAUUAAAGAGACAAGUAUCGCAUAGACUUGGAUCCGGACCCGAAGAUGCUGAACAAAUUAUGAACCAUAAUUUUUUUAAACAUAUUAAUUGGCAAGAUGUAAUUUCACGAAAAUUAGAACCUCCUUUUAAACCAUCAUUAAAAAGCGCCGAUGAUACAUCGCAGUUCGAUGAGCAAUUUACGGCAACUGUACCAGUUGACUCUCCAGUUGAAAGUACCUUAAGUGAAUCCGCUAAUAUGAUCUUUCAAGGUUUUACAUAUGUAGCACCCAGUGUCUUGGAAGAAAUGUGUGCCCAACCAAGAGUCGUAAAUGCUAGGAGUCCCCGCAAAGGUCUUUUAUGUACAGGAUUUAGUGGAAGUCUUCACAGUUUGUCAUCAAGGUCGCCUGAUGGACACCUUCGCGCAGCAUCCCAUUUUCACCAACACAGGCAUCACGUGGUAGGUUCAAAUAAUAUGGAAGAUACCGAAAUGACGGAUAUAGGUCCGCUUCUUAAUUUUUAAGCAUUAUGUAGUAAAUUUAAAUGAUAUGGAAAAUAUCGAAAUGACAAACAUAGGUCAACUAUGGCAUCAUUUAUAGCGGUACAUAAAUGCAUAAACAUAUG